GGGGCGUUGGUAAGCGUGCAUGUGUUUCAGAACCUGGCGCAGUGUGAAUAUUUGGUUGAUUCACCCACGGCCGGGUCUAAAGGCUGCCUGCCUAGUUUUCUGAAGCUUGUUAUUCCCGAGCUUCAAUCAGGCGUUGAAGAAUCAUAGAACCUAGGAUCUUAGACACUAUGUUCGUCAGGCUGAUUCCGCUUUGGUGUUCACAAGAGGACUUUUCGCCUUUCUUGAAUACUGGAAUAAUCAGUGAUUCACACCACUCAGAGGGGAUCGUGUUUGAUUCCCAUAUACUGGUUAGCACUUCCGUUAACUUGACUAAGAGCACCUUACUACCAUCCUUGUAUACCUCAGCAGGUAGUCCGUCUGGUCCUGCUGCCCUUCCUCGUUCCAGGUUACCUACUGCUUUCUCGAUUUCUGCUAGUGUUGGGGGACCUAUCUCAAUGUUCCAUUCAGGGUUCGACUGGAUAGCAGGCAAUACAAUGGUGGCUAGAUGCCAGUUAAACUGCUCCUCAAAGUGUUCUGCUCAUUGUUCCAGCCGUUUCCCUGCGAGUGAAUCGCAGAUCCCUUUUUCUCCGCUAUGGUCGCACUAACCGCAGUUGACCUUUUACCCUAGUUUCCUUAAUAAGUCUA